GACGCGCGCCCUCGUGCGGGCGGACUGUGAGAGCACGGCGGACUGUGAGAGCAGCGCAGAAGAGCCAGGUAAGUAGUGCGUGAGUUGGACGACGGGCAGGAACGCCAGCUCGGGAGAGGCUCCCGACGCCCGACGAUAGACAAAGCGAGAGUGAGUAGCCGCAUGCACCGGGGGAGUAGUACACGUCUCCAGAGACAGGACACAGCGCACCGGCCAGUAAGUACAUCGCGGGACAGACCGUACAACCGUAGGCAUCCAACAUGGCUCUCGGCCACAACAGCCUUCACCCAUCGCGUCCGCCCCUCGCCUCUCGCUGGAGCCUCAACCUCAGCCAUAACCACACAGCCAAUCCACCCGCCCCGCCCAAACGCCAACCAAACGGGAACGAACCGAGACCGGGAGAAGAGACGACGGACGCAUAAGUUAGGGACCGGGGGCCGUCGACGCGGCCGCUGGCACGCCGUACACGACGGCGGGGAAGACGCGCUGCGCGUACGGUCAGCACAGGCCGGCGGAUGGGGGGCGUCCGGGCGUACGCACCUGGGGAUCGCGCGCUGCGCUGCUCAGAACGAGCCGGGGUCGCCGCCGUUGCCGUCUCCGCGGUCUUGGAGCGCGGGCGCGGGGUUCGCGGUUGGGGCGGGGGCGGCGGCGACGAGGGCGGCGGCGCACGCGAGGAGGAGGAGGGCGGCGCGCAUGGCUGGCGGUUCGGUUCGGGUGUGGUAGACGACGGCGACGGGCGGAGGUGUUGCGGGCGCACGCGCGGGAGGGGCUUAAGCUGGAGGAGGCGGUGUGUGCCUGGGGAAGUCGAAGAUGGCGAGGAGACGGGAGAUGUAUAUAAGCCCCUGGGCCCGGCGGUCCGCAGACCUCGGCCAGCGUCUGCGUGUUCCCACCUGCCAGAACGCGUACGUACGAGACUCGUCCCGCGGGCAGGGCACGCAACGCUGUGUGGCCGUCCACCGGUGAGAGGCGGAUGUGCGUGGUCACGGUGGGCGCAGCGGGCCACAUCCAGCCUGGCUCAGGUACGGUACCGC